CCUGAACUCAUCCACUUAGCUUUUCGGAUUGCUGGCGCCGUGACAGCGGUCCGCACCGAGCCACCCUCCGCCGUGCAUGGCAUGUCAGAGCUGAGCUCGCAAGUGGCGGAUGGGCUGGGUGAUGGGAGGCAUCUGGAAGAAGAUGUGGCACUCGACCUCGAGGGUUUGGAAGGUUUGGAGGGUCGCUCGGGCGCUCGCAGCUCGUAUAGCUCGGGCACACAGAGCUCAAGCGGACACGAAGCGCGUGAAGCGGCUGCGGUGGCCGCCAGGAUGAAAAGGGCUCUCCCAGUGGUGGCCAACUUGGUCUCCAGCAUGAAAGUCACAAGCCCAGAAGUCCUACGUGCCACGCCAGCCUACCGGCCCUUUCAGAGGUGUGGCCAGGCCUUUGAUCCGGGCCUCGAGAAGGAACUCUCGAAGAGGAGCUAUAAAGUGGAACGGAUCACGACCUUUUGGUCGCACAGUUGGCAUGGACCGCGUUGGCCCAAGGCCUUGACACUGAUGGUGAUCUACAAUGGUCGAAUCGCUGUGUGCCUGGGGACCUUGGCGGCGUUUCUGAUGAUGAUCCUGUUCAGCUUCCAACUUCUUCCAGGCUUUAGCCGUCUGACAUGGGAUGACGAGCAUCUCUUCUCGUAUUGGUGCACCAUGACGGGCUCCAUCGUUAGCUUUUUGACCUUCAUCUUCUGGCGGCCUCACCAGCUGGUCUUCUUCGACCGCAUGUGCAUCCCGGAGAAUGACAGCCAACUGAAGGCGGAGGCCAUCUACAGCCUGGCCGGCAUUUUGAACAAUUCCUCCUCGAUGUUGGUUCUGUGGGAUGCCAGUUGGAGCGAACGCUUGUGGUGCUUGUUCGAGUUAGCCGCGUUCUUGAAGAGCCAAAAGGGAGGGGGGCAGUGCCUGGAGAUCCGGCCGAGCAUUCUGGGGCCCAGUUUGCUCUUCGUGUUUUUGACCGUCUCCGUGGCCUCCGCUGCACUGGCCAUCACCCCGGUGUCCUCUUCCAGCACUUUGAGCCUAUGGAUCCCGAUCACCUCCGCGCUCCUCACGGCCUCCGCCGUCGGCGCGAUGGCCAUGAGCGCGCUGCGCAGCUACUUCCGCUCGGUUGAGGCCUUGGAGGAGAAGCUCAAGUUGGUCGCCUUGGACGGCACUCACUGCACCUGCUGUGAGAAGCAUCGACCGCCUUGGCCAACCGAUGCGAUCGGGAUAGGCCGAGUCGGCGCUGGACAGCUGGUGAAGGAAUGCCUGAAGAUUUGGUUUGGCAGUGAAGAGGACUUCGAGAACUAUGUGCGCUCGGAGGUGUGGCAAGCCAUGAGCUCAGACCUUCAGGAGCAGGUCUUUUCGCUGAAGAUGUGCCGCGCUUUUGCACGCCCUUGUUGUGGGCCUUCAUGGACCUGGCGGCCUCCUAUUUCACACGUCCCUAUCCUCUCAAGUGGAUUGCUUGGGGGAACCUGGUGGAUGGGCUGGUGAUUCUACUGAUUUUGUGCCCCUUCGCUUUCCACAGUUUUCUCUUCCUGGCACGUCGCUUCCGCCAAAGAGGCGCCACCUUUGCCGGAGAGGUCCUGCGCAACCUUUUCGUCGUGCUUUGCGCGGUGUUGAGCGUGGCAUGUUAUGCCGGAUUCUAUGUCAGUAGCUGGGUGCUCUUCAAUCGGAGCGCGUUUCCGGCGAUGUGGCGGAGUGGGUGGGUUUGCCUCGCAGCAGCUAUGUUGCUACUCCGAUGCUGAUAGCUUGGUUCAUCCGUCAAGUGCACCACUGGGCGAAUGGGCGGUCGCAGCACCUCGAUCAAGGCGCCGCAGCGUUUGCCUGAGAAGAAGGCAUGAAAUUUGGGAUCCUGUGGAAUAUCUAAAUUGUCUUCCGGUUCCACUUAAGUGAAUUGUCAAAAUUCGGCGCUGACGAGUGGUUUCUGCGGAAUCCGGUGAUGGCCACCCGACCAAGAUUCGGCACCAGUAUGCUCAAAGAUGCUCUCUUCGUCAAGAAAAGGGACCCUUUUCCUGAGAAGAUUUGCAAUCUUUUGGGGAAGAGAUGAGAAGAUGAGUGCCUGGUGGUCCACGUCCGAAAAAGGGCGCUUUGGGAACGCGGUCGGCAGGUGCUCCGAGCAAGUCAUGUGCUGAAGCCGGUGGAUGAGAUGAGGGAAGGCCGACAUCAGCUGCCUAGUGAGGUGUGGAUGAUUUAACGCCCGCAUUGACAGACGCACUAUGUGCAUAUACAUAUGUGACCAUAUGUGUGUACAUAAUUCCUCACAGUGCCUGAUCAUGAUUCUCGGAAUAUUUUUCAGAAAGAGCCCGAGUUUGACCAAGUCUCUUUGCAUCUCUUCGUCAGAGUUGGC